GCCCCAUCAUCCGGUAACGGCGCAUCGAGAUGGACGACCUUGUCCGCGCUUUCGAGAAGGCUCAUCUUGCUGCCGGUUCGGCCGGCAGUAAUGACAGCGACUGGCUGGAUUCCAUACUGAAUGAGCAGCGGCCACGGAAGCGUACCCGCCGUACCAAGGAUGAGCUGAAGCAGAACCUAGAGAAGGAGUUUUUGACUCCUUCGACUUCAUUCAAUUCGCAAUGGCUCAACGAGUUACAACAGCGAUGGGAUGCGCCCACCAAUUACCCUGACAUCUUCGCGAUCGCGCCCACGCAAACACGCACCAUCAUACGUUUCACUCGCGAAGGCCUCGAAGGUCGCGUGACAGGGUACAAAGAGGUUACUGUGCCAGCAAGUAGUGCCACGGCUAAGAAUUCGACGUCUCUUCUACGGAAACCAGCCAAACGAGCCGAUUUUGUUCGCGGAGCCGCUGGCUACUUCCCUUUCGCACCAGGCGGAUUAGACGGCGUAGAAGCCAUAGCAGCGGCUGAAGAUGACUACAUACAAAGACAGGGGUCUGAGAAAGCAAAGAAACAAAGCGGGCUUGAUCGCGUCAUAAAUUUUGGCGUCGAAGGUGGACUUCUUGAGGUGCCUCCUGGCUUCGCGAGGGGCAUGGAUCUAUCUAAGAAAGCCACUGUCGACAAUCAGAGCGCUGAGGAAGUAGAGAAAGCUUUGGAAGAGGAACCAGCGCCUGCUGAAGCCGCCGAUGGCCUAAUAGAACAUGACGCUGCCCAAGCUGCUGAGACAUCGGAUGGGGAAGAACAGGAAGGCGAAGAUGAGAUUGAUGCACUCUUGCCAGUAGAGUUCCCAGCUUUGGCUCCGCAUGGUGCUCUCACGAUGGCCUCGAACAAAAGAGGUGGCAAAGAGUGGGCGCAUAUGGUUGAUGUCAAUCGCGAGAUCCCUAACUUCAGAGAGCUCGUUCCAGACAUGGCAAGAGAAUGGCCUUUUGAGCCGGAUACUUUCCAAAAGGAAGCUAUCUAUCACCUCGAAAAUGGAGAUUCUGUAUUUGUUGCAGCACACACGUCUGCAGGCAAGACAGUAGUAGCUGAAUACGCCAUUGCGCUUGCGGCGAAGCAUAUGACGAAGGCCAUCUAUACGUCACCAAUUAAAGCUCUCAGCAACCAGAAGUUCAGAGACUUUAGAAACGAAUUCGACGAUGUUGGCAUUCUCACGGGCGAUGUUCAGAUCCGUCCGGAAGCAAGCUGUCUGAUCAUGACCACAGAGAUUCUCCGAAGCAUGCUUUACCGUGGUGCAGACUUAAUCCGUGACGUAGAAUUCGUCAUAUUUGACGAGGUUCACUACGUCAAUGAUCUCGAACGUGGUGUCGUUUGGGAAGAGGUUAUCAUUAUGCUGCCGGAGCAUGUAACUCUCAUCCUUCUCUCAGCGACGGUGCCGAAUACAUACGAAUUCGCCUCCUGGGUCGGCAGGACCAAAAAGAAGGACAUUUAUGUCAUUUCCACACCCAAGCGACCUGUUCCACUGGAGCACUAUCUAUGGUCUAACAAGGUCAUGCAUAAAAUUGUUGAUUCUGACAAGCACUUCUUGGAGAAAGGCUGGAAGGAAGCCAAUGAUAUUCUUUCCGGCAAGGACAAAAUCAAGGCUGCAGCGGGCAAAGAAGACUCGAGCUCCUCCCGGGGCGGCGGGAAUCAAAGAGGCCGCGGGCAAGACCAGCGUGGUGGCAGGGGCGGAGCACAGCAGCGCGGGGGUGCGCAACAGCGCGGUAGAGGCGGACCGCCUGCCCAACGCGGACGUGGAAAUAUCGCUCGUACCGGUCGUGGUGGUGGCAGGACCACUGCUGCCCAAGACAGGAAUAUCUGGGUCCACCUCGUCCAACACCUACGGAAGGAAAACUUGCUCCCGGCUUGUAUUUUCGUUUUCUCCAAGAAACGUUGCGAAGAAAACGCCGACGCGCUGGCGAACCUUGACUUUUGCACGGCUGCUGAGAAGAGCGCUAUUCACAUGAUCAUCGAGAAGUCAAUCGCCCGCCUCAAAUCAGAGGACAGACAGCUGCCUCAGAUCAGGCGUCUUAGGGAGCUGCUGAGUCGUGGUAUCGCCGUCCACCAUGGUGGUAUGCUGCCAAUUGUCAAGGAAGUCGUGGAGAUCCUUUUCGCAAGGACGCUUGUGAAAAUUCUUUUUGCCACCGAAACUUUUGCCAUGGGUCUCAACCUGCCUACUAGGACAGUCGUUUUUUCAGGUUACCGCAAGCACGAUGGCCGCCAAUUCCGGGAUCUCCUGCCGGGAGAGUACACGCAGAUGGCUGGACGUGCAGGCCGACGUGGUCUGGAUCCUGUUGGCUCAGUUAUCAUCGUCACCCCGGGUGCUGAGGAAGCACCUCCGGUAGGGAGGCUGCGGACGAUGAUACUGGGAGAUCCAACGAAGUUGAGGUCACAAUUCAGGCUCACAUAUAACAUGAUCCUCAAUCUUCUUAGAGUAGAGGCAUUGAAGAUUGAGGAAAUGAUCAAGCGGAGCUUCAGCGAAAAUGCGACGCAGGCUCUGCUUCCCGAGCAUGAGAAGGCAGUCAAGUUGUCCGAGGAAGACCUUGCAAAGAUCAAGCGCGAGCCCUGCGAUAUCUGCGAUGUUGACUUGGAGCUUUGUCACGAUGCAUGCAUGAAAUAUCAACGACUGACGAACGAACUUCAUCUAGCAAUUCUAGCAACUCCUGUUGGUAGACAGGUAUUUGACACCCGGCGUCUAAUUGUUUACAAGAAGGAUGGUGUGCGUACAGCUGGCAUGCUUCUCCGGAGCGGUAUCAGUAAAGGGCAUGAACCUACUGUCUCUGUGCUGGAAAUCAGUACAAAUGCCAAGAGGCAACCAAGCGACCUUCUGCCAUACCUUCCCGAAUUUGCUCACUUGUUCGGUUCUUUGCCAAACAAUCCAAACGACAUGAGGCUUAAGACAACAACGGUACCUCUCAGCGACGUCGAGUGCAUUACGGUAGCACACAUCAAGAUUGAUUUAGCGGAGGUGUUGAAGAAUGAUCCAGAGGCGCUUAAGCUCGCCCGAGGAGAGUUCCAGCCGCUCUGCCAGUCGUGGAAUUACGAAGACUGGAGCGAAUUGAACAUAUCGAAAUUUGUCAAGGAUCUUUCCUACAGGAAUGUGCUCGAUGAACGCAAGAAGCAGGCGGAAUAUACCCAAACCCGCGCCUGCUUGAAGUGUCCAAAAUUUCUCCAACAUUUUGCCAUGCAGCAUGAUGAGUGGCUGAUCAAGGAAAACAUUGCACAACUCCGUCAGCUUAUGUCAGACCAGAACCUCCAGCUACUACCUGACUACGAGCAACGGAUAUCGGUACUAAAGGACCUAGGCUUUGUCGAUGAUAAGGCGAGGGUCGAGCUGAAGGGCAAGGUGGCCUGUGAGAUUCACUCGGCCGAUGAACUUGUCCUCACUGAACUGAUCCUGGAGAAUGUGCUUGCUGACUAUGAGCCGGAGGAGAUUGCAGCACUGCUCUCGGCAUUUGUGUUCCAGGAGAAGACGGACGCAGCGCCAACGUUGACGCCAAGGCUGGAGCAGGGCCAGGCGAAGAUUGUGGAGAUAUCCGAAAAGGUCAACCACAUGCAGACGCUGCACCAGGUGAUUUUGUCAGCGGAAGACUCGAACGACUUCGUCAGUCGGCCCCGGUUCGGUAUGGUGGAGGUUGUGUACGAGUGGGCCAGGGGCAUGUCUUUCAACCGUAUCACGGACCUGACAGACGUCAUGGAAGGGACGAUCGUGCGAGUUAUCACGCGGCUGGACGAGACGUGUAGGGAGGUCAAGAAUGCGGCCCGGAUCAUCGGAGAUCCCACGCUGUACACCAAGAUGCAGACAUGCCAGGAGUUGAUCAAGCGCGACAUUUGCAACGCGGCCAGUCUGUACCUAUAAGGGAGGAGGGCGGACACGCGCUGACUUGGCCGGGGACGGGCGCGAGUCGGGGGGAGCACGUUUUUUCUUAGCAUGUGGCAAAGGAUAGAUAGCCGGUAGCUCUGCGUGCCAAAUUUCACUACUUCCCC